UUAUUAUUAUUUAAAAUAAAUUUAAUCCCUCUCUUUCUCUUCCCAUUAUUAUGUGACAAUAUUCAAAUAUGAUUGUGUCAUUCUUAGAUACACUGUUUGCAAUGCACUUCAUAAUUACAUUGCAUAUUAAUACAAAACAUUAACUAGCUUCAGCAUACUGUGCAUGAAGCACAGCAAGGGACCCGAUUUAAAAAAUACCUUCUUUUUGCAUGUUUGUUUUUCUUCUCUCUUUUCAUUGUUGUUGCUUGUGUUGUUUGACACAUUCCAGUGGUAGGAAUGAGUUCCCAUGGUAGGAAGGGGGGCAGCACAUGAAUCACAUGGGGAACAACCACAAAGCUCUCACAAGGAAGGAAGAUUAAUAGGAGUGGGCAUUUAUCUACAAAGGAGUAGAAUUAGCAGAAUUGUAUAUAUUAUAAUGUAUAUACAUUAAGGAAGCUUAGGUAUAAGACAAAGUGACAAAGAAGUCUUCUCAUUGAUUGAAAUCAAAGCAAUUGUUAAUCAGCAAAAAGACCUCCAAGUUGCUGUCUAUAAACAUGUUUUCCAUGGCCAACAACACAAGUUUGUAAAUAGGAAGAGGAGGAGAUGAGGAUUGAGAGAGGGCAUUGGAGUGGUUUUCCUCCUCUUCUGUUUCCUUAGUUUCUAUUCUCUUUCCUCCUAUUUUCUGUGGUUCAAUUGAUCCUAUCCUCUUUAUUUCUGAAUUUGCUUCAUUCCAUUUGCUAAAUUAAUUCCAGAAUCAUGGUGCUCCCACUCUUCUUCAUCCAUGAAUGCAUCCGAGACCAGCUUCAACGCCUUGGAGCCAAAGGCAUCCUGGCUCUUGUAAACUUUCACAAGAAAUGCAACAGCAAUAGAAGAUUUGAUAUUGCUACAUGGCAAGAAUUUUUGAGAUUCACUGGAAUUCGACUCAAUCCAGAGGAACUUGCUCUCUUAAUGAGAACACAUGCAACAUGUGGGACAGAAUUCCACUUUGGAACUUUUAUGGAUUGUGUACAUGGAACACUCACUAAAUUCAGACAAAACUUGGUGGAUGCUGCUUGGAAGAAACUUGAUCAUGACCUAGUGGGGUAUGUGACAUUGGAUCGGAUUAAGGAUGUGUACCAUCUCAAGGUGCAUCCUGCGGUCAUGAUGCAACAAAAGACAGCCGAAGAGGCUAUUAUUGACUGGUUGAGUGAAUCCUUUGGGCUCCUUCAGAAGGUGUACCACUCAGAUCUUGCACAGUACUACCUCCUUAUUGGAGCCAGCAUCCCCCAUGACCGUGCCUUUGAAUUACUCUUCAUCAAAGCCUGGCAGAUCCGUGCCGAUGGAUACAAUGUCGACGACGCGCUGAACCACAUCAAGGUGCAGGUGUAUAAGAACCGGAAUCGGAUCCGGGAGUUUUUCAGGGACUACGAUCCGUUGCGGCAUCGCCUCAUCCUGGACUCGCAAUUCGCUGCUGCGAUCGACAACUCGAAGCUGGUUGUCACCCCGCUUGAGCUGCGCGCCGUUUGCGAUCAGUACUGCAUGAACGAUGACCCCCAGCUGCUCGUUUGCUGGACCGCCUUCUGCGAUGAAAUCGAUACCGUGUACACGCUGAAAGAGCUCGAAAAGACUCCCCUUCGCGAGGUGGCGAAGGUGCCCGUGUUGGAGGGCCUCACCCCGCAGCGCUUCCAAAUGGGAGCCACGAAGCUGGACGAGAAACAAGAGAGAGCGGUGCAGGAGGUCAUCCGCAAGAUUCGCACGCAGAUGUACAAUCGCAGGAUCUACGUGCGCGGCUCCUUCCAGGAUUUCGCGCAGCCGAAGAUGUGCAUCGGGGCGGUAGGCCACGUCACUUACACGCAGUUCGCACAGGCACUGAGUAGCCAGCUGAACCUCUACAUUGAGCCCUACGAGGUGGCUCUGCUGUGCGCCAAAUACGACGACAUGAAGAACAAAACGGUCAAUUACCUCGCCUUCACCACCGACAUCGACCCCGCUCCAUAGCCUCCUCCAUGCCCUCUCUCAUCCCGACCGUAUCUCUCGCGCUUUUGCCCACUCCUUCCCACCACGCUUGCUGACUGUGCAUGCCGUAAUAAUUCUGACAAUUCAUUGCCGCUAUGUCUGGAUGAAUGUUCCCGUUUUCACCGUCAUUCGUUGCGUUUCCCUCUAAGCGGUGCAGGGUUCGAUUCCAUACGAAAGCAUGUUCUAUUGUUGCCAUGUCAUGCUCCAUACAUGGGUUCUAUAAUACUGCUUUUUUUUUUCCUUCAUUCAAGCUGAAAUGUGCAACCUUUUGAAAUUUACCACGAAUAUUUUUUUUCCUUUCGAAAUAAUAAAAUUCCAAUUCCAAUUUUCAUGAA